CCCUGGCCACAGCCCCUCCUCUUAAAGGGGCCCUGGGCCCGGUGGCUGGGUCUGGCCCGAGGGCGGAGCGUGACUGCUUCUGGUGUCCGCCCUCCAUCCCCGCCCUGGGUGGUCCGAGUGGCCAGAGCCAAGCCCCCGCCUGCCUGCCGGGGCUUCCUCUCCGAGUGGCGCCUCCUUGGGCGUCGGCGCCUGACAUCCAGCGAGACCGGACUACCUGCUGGUGUGACCAGUGCCUGUCUUCACGAUAGCCCCAACCUCUAAGCUGCGCCCAGUGAGCCACAGGACCCAACUGAGCUGGGAAGCGGCCCACCAGCCACGAGGCGGCCAGCCCGAGGAGUGGUGACAGCGCAGGAGCUCCUGGCUGGGGGGAAGGGAGGAAGGAGGAGAAACAAAGGCGAGUGUGCCUGGCGCCGCCCACCAUGUGUCAGUCAGAGGCUCGGCGAGGACCGGAGCUCCGAGCAGCGAAAUGGUUGCACUUCCCCCAGCUGGCACUGAGGCGGAGGCUGGGACAGUUGAGCUGUAUGUCCAGACCUGCCCUGAAACUGCGCUCCUGGCCCCUGACGGUCCUCUACUACCUCCUGCCCUUCGGUGCCCUCAGACCGCUCAGCCGGGUGGGAUGGAGGCCCGUGAGCAGGGUGGCCCUGUACAAGUCAGUGCCGACGCGCCUGCUGUCGCGGGCCUGGGGCCGCCUCAACCAGGUGGAGCUGCCGCACUGGCUGCGCAGGCCUGUGUACAGCCUGUAUAUCUGGACCUUCGGGGUAAACAUGAAGGAGGCCGCCGUGGAGGACCUGCACCACUACCGCAACCUCAGCGAGUUCUUCCGGCGCAAGCUGAAGCCGCAGGCCCGGCCCGUGUGUGGCCUGCACAGCGUGAUCAGCCCAUCAGAUGGGAAGAUCCUGAACUUUGGGCAGGUGAAGAACUGCGAAGUGGAGCAGGUGAAGGGGGUCACCUACUCGCUGGAGUCGUUCCUGGGUCCACGCAUCUCCACAGAGGACCUGCCCUUCCCUCCAGCUACCCCCUGCGGCUCCUUCAGGAACCAGCUGGUCACUCGAGAAGGCAAUGAGCUCUACCACUGUGUCAUCUACCUGGCCCCCGGGGACUACCACUGCUUCCAUUCUCCCACUGACUGGACUAUUUCCCACCGGCGCCACUUCCCAGGCUCCCUGAUGUCCGUGAACCCCGGCAUGGCCCGCUGGAUCAAAGAGCUCUUUUGCCACAAUGAACGGGUGGUCCUCACCGGGGACUGGAAACACGGCUUCUUCUCGCUGACGGCCGUGGGGGCCACCAAUGUGGGCUCUAUACGCAUCUACUUUGACCGGGACCUGCACACAAAUAGCCCGCGCUACAGCAAGGGUUCCUACAAUGACUUCAGCUUCGUGACGCAUGCCAACAAGGAGGGCAUCCCCAUGCGCAAGGGAGAGCACCUGGGCGAGUUCAACCUGGGCUCUACCAUCGUGCUCAUCUUCGAGGCCCCCAAGGACUUCAACUUUAAGCUGAAAGCUGGACAGAAGAUUCGGUUUGGGGAGGCUCUGGGCUCCCUCUAGAGCUUCUCUCCUGGUGGUGGCUACUGUGGGAGCUUUUUCAAACAGAAACAGGAGGGUCUUUUAGAGGGGAGCCUCCGCGGCUGGUCAGGGAGGGGUCUCAGGGCUGUGGAGUCUGACCAGGCAGGACCUGGGUGACUAGUUUCUGCUGUCCCAGAAAUGUAGAUGAGGUCAGAGCCCCUGUUGACCCUGGACCUAUGUGGUCCCCUCUUCCCACUCUAAAGAGAAAGAACAUGUAGGCCAAGAUCUCAAAUUCCCUUUUGGAGAUUUUUUUAAUCUGUAUAAACUGGAGACCCUAUGUCUCCUCGCUGGGUGUUCAGUUGGUCUUGAUUUCUGUUGUAAGACAGAAGUGGUUAUGUAUCCCCAGCACUGCUCUUUGGCCUCCCCUUCUGCCUUUCCUGCACUGACUGGGCUGUGCUGCCCCCAGAGCAGGGCCAUGUGGCCUUUAACACAACUGCUUUCUGUUCCCAAUUCAUCCCACCCUGCUUGUUUGGGAAAAGCUGUCUCUCUGCACUUGUGGCUGAAUGCAUCAUCCUGGACUCUGCCAGCGUCUUCUGAGGGGGUCUAAUGGCAUGGCGCUUAGCAGGUCCCAUUGAGUGACCUUCCGGAGCUGGCAAGUCCUCUUUCCAGUAAGCAAGACCAGUUACUGAAUCCCCUGAACGGUGUCCAAAGUGAAUGGACAGGCAGGCAGGGGUGACCUAUGGGGGCCAGGGGAGAGCUUGUCCCCCACUCAUAUCCAGACCCACAUAAAACAUGGUAAGUUGCUGCUGUUGAUUCAGGGGCUUGUGUUGGAAGCAGAGGAGGAGCCUUGGUGUAUUGGGAGGGGGCGGGUCCGUGCCUACCACACCUGUCCCCAGGUAACAGGUACACAAUCCUUAGGGAGCCACCGACAGUGGGACCAGGGUUCAGGUUUCCUGGGGACGCUGUGAAUUUCUCCUGCAGGAGAAGCCAUUUGAACUCUUUCAACUGUAUCAGUAGCACAGUAUUUUUGUAUGAAAAGUGGGAGACUUCUGAACAGUAAUUCAUUUAAUUGCAACAUUUUGAAAUAAAAAAUAAAACUCA